AUGCACGCGGUGAGUGACUUUGGGACGACCCAGGUUCUCGUUUCACCUGGGCCUUCUCUGCGCGGUUCAAGGGAGGCGCGCCAACGGGCGCUGGAAGCAGAGCCUCUCGUGUUCGCCCAGAGACCUGGCGCGGGGCUACCAUGCCCCGCCGCCAGGGGACUAGCCCUUCAGGGGCCCUUUGAGCGCUUCCACCGCGAAAAGGAAGGUCCUUUGCAGUCUGUUAAGGAAGAUGAUGGGAGUGGAAUGGCCCAGGAUGCUUUCUAUCUUCAAGGACUUAUUAUUGAUGCUUUUCAUGGUAAAGGAUUUCAGACAAUAGAAGAAUAUUUUCAACAGAGAGCGAGCCACAUUCCUCAAAAGUAUAAUCAUCUUGUAUUAUACCGUCUUGACAAAUCAAUAAAUAAGGCACUGGAUAAAAAUGAAUUUCCGUGUGUUUCACUAUUGCUGAAAUGUAUUCAGAUAUUCUUCAUUGAUGGCCUCAAAGAAGAUGAGCCUUUGCUAAUUCAGCAAGGAUUGAUCCCAAAGAUGGUUUCCUGGUUUGAAAGAACAAUAGGAUUUCUGACCAAUGAAGAUCUAGCCUCAGACACAUCCCUGGUUAAUGUUACAGAAGACUUCUUUGACACAGCGCUGAUUAUUUCCAGGAGGAGUAGUAAAGGGAAAAUUCAGAUGUUGGGUUCCUUCAUAUAUACCUUAGGAUUUCUGGUGAUAGAAGAAACGGUAAAUCAUUUGAUCCAGCAGGAGGCUUUGAAGACUUUGAACGGCAUUUUGGAUUCUGUACCUUGGGAAGAGAGAAAAAAACUCCCCUUGUCAGAAGGCCUGUGUCAUCUUAUGAAAGACCUUGCAGGGACCAUCUUGACUGUUGGUGAUUAUGACCAGCAGGUUGCACUUUCUGAAGCAUUGUGUAGACUGACAACUAAAAUGUCAAGGGACGACCUUGUUCAUCAGUGGUUUGAAGACGACGUCAUUGCUGAAGCUUUCAAAAAAAUUAAGGGUCGGCAAUUUGAGACGGACAGUAGACUGUUUCUCAAUUACCUAAACAACAGGCUUGGUGACCAAAGAAGGGUCUAUUCAUUUCCGUGUAUUGCUGCUUUUGCUGAUGGGAAUGAGAUGAGAAAACCAGCAGAUGAAAAAUUGGAGAAAUUUUGGAUUGAUUUCAACCUAGGAAGUCAGAGUGUAACUUUUUAUAUAGAAAAUACUGAGAGUGCUCUGUGGGACUCAGUAAGACUUUUGAAGGACACAGUGAUUAAUUACAGCGUAAUAGAAACUGAGGAGAAGAAGAUGUUUAUCAUUUACUUGAAGCCUAUUAAUAUCAGAAAUAAAGAAGUGAGGAAAAUAGAAAUCCAUUUUGAUUUACAAUUCAACAUAUCACAGGCUUCCAUUAAAGCUUUGGGAGAAGACAAACAGAUAUUGGCUGACCAGACAAAAAUCUCCUCAGAACUUCUCGAUAAGUUUGAUAAAGAAGAACCUGAGAUUCCUCCUCUCAGCCACAAAGAAGAGACAGACCGGGCAGAAGAAUCCACUGAGCUGCCAGAAUUAAUGAGUGCUGAAGAUGAAUGCUGCCUAGUAACUCUCCCCUCAAAUGACCAGUUUGAGCUUCCUCAAACAAAAGCAGCUGAUAGUUCACCUGAAAAAUUGAAACUGGGUGAUACACAACAAGAAGUUACUUCAGAACAUGAAUAUUCAUCAGAUUUACCAGAACCAUCAGUAACAAUUCUGAUUCCUAAAUUAAAUGACAAAGCCAGCCGAAUGGACAUCUUCUUUGUCCAUUCAUCUAUUGAUGGACACUUAGAUCGUUUCCCUAUCUUAGCUAUUAAGUCUCAUUACAGGAAACACCUCUUCUCGGAGAGUAAUCAAGAUUCAAGUAGUAGUACCAGUGAACUAUCUUGGACCAAUAACCAAAAAAGGAAAUACCUAAAACCAUAUCCUGGUAGGAAAAAGACAAGAACCAGAAGUAACAUAAAAAUCUUGCCACCUUUCUCUCUCAGUCCUGGCAGUGACCAUGAGAAAGACCAAGCUAAACUUCUAACACCAUUAUGGAAAGAAAUCUCCAGGAAAAAUAGCACACCUCCAGAAAUUUCUGGCACAAAAUUUCAGGGUAGUCCUGCCCUUUUAACUCCUGAAGUUUCUGCCCAGAAAACAGAACUUCAAAGUCCCCACACACUGAGCAAUCCCUCUUCAUUGGAGCACUCAGAAGUUGAAGAAAAUGUGUCUAAGACUGUAAAUGGAGAGUCAUUGAUGAAAAGUACUGACUUCAAACAUAAACUGGAAAACCUGGAAGACAGAGACAUAUCAGAUGGUAGUUUUGCUAAGUGGAAACAGUCAAAAUUGGAAGAAGGUGAUGUUCCAGGACCCCUUUCCUCAGUGAGAGAUGAAGCAGAUUUGGCAGAAGGCAUUUCUUCUCCAUCCCUGGCAGUUGUGCCAGAGAACUUGAAUAGUUCUGCUGUUAUCACAACCUUCGAAAACUUCACUAGAGAACUGAAAAGAAAAUAUGAGCUUAGGUACAAAAGGAGUGCACUUAAUUCAGAAUAUGCAAAGCAAGCACCAGAUUGCCUAAUAAAACUUUUAAACCAGAUACAUCAGUGCAGACUUAAUAAACUAGAGCAGUUUAACAAUUUUGUUCUUCAAGAGCUGAGCAAUCUUGAGAAGAAUAUUCUGGCUCUGAAAUACCUUGAGAGGGAUGUUAUGGAAUUUUGGGAGAAACAAUCUGAUGAUCUGAAAUCAUUCUGUGAUCUGCAAGUGCUGAGUCUGAGAUGCCUGAAGAAGAAAAAGUUGACUCUUCCACACAAGUGGUGCUUUGUUCGGGAAACAGUUAUCAUGGAAGCUCAGUGGAUAGAUAUUUGUCUCUAUCUUACUGGCCUGAACUGGGUCACAUUAUCCUCUCUUGUCAACAGGGAAUCUGGGGAGUCUGAGAUGCCUGAAGAAGAAAAAGUUGACUCUUCCACACAAGUGGUGCUUUGGUGCAAAUGGCUUCCUGGGCCUCAGCGCAUUUGCACCUACCCACUAGACAAGCACCAACUGGGAAUUGUGCACGUGCUUCAGACUGAAUGUGUCCACAACUAA